GGGUCGCGCCCGCACGCGCACAUCCAACGCCCGCGUUUUGAAAUGAUUAUCGUUGUACGGUUUUUUGUCCAUAGAGUGCUACGCACAACCACGCACGCCGCCGCUACACACUACUUUGCGUACUCCACGGCAGCCAGCCAGCCAGUCAUUCACUCGCAGUCGGUCGUCCAGCAGCAACGCCGGUGAUACCGUUGUACCCAGCAAUACGUUUUUUAAAUAGUCGUUUUCGAUACGUGUAAUAAAUAAAUAAUAUCGUGUUGUUCGAAAAUAACCAUAAGACGCGUUUCGCCGGGCGACGAUGUUGCGAUCGCUAUAAGCGCCAAGUCUCCUGAUUAAAUAAAUUAUAUAUUUUUUUUUUGCCGGUCUCCGCCAGAGAAUUUCCAUUUGAUUUCCCCCGUGUCGACGGUAGUACCCGCAAAAACAACCGUCCAUAACAUUCUCGCUUUUCGCGUCCGCUCGACGGUCGCUAGCCGUCGUUUUCGUCGCAUAGCACAAGUCGUCGCUGAAGUAGCAGUGGCCGACGACCGGUAACGCUCUCAGCAUACACUCACACGUCGCGGCGGUAGUCGACCCGGACGACCUCAUCAGAGGAGAAGCACAUUGCGGUUAAAGUGCAGCGACGUUCUGCGAGUCGUCACAGGACAACGUUGCGCGCCACUGCGCGUGAACCAUCGAUACCGACAGCUCCACAGCGUCCUUGCAGAGGUUGUUCGCGCCGGUGAUUUCAGUGGAAAACAGAAGCAAGUUUUCCCGACAAAAAGAGAUGACUAUGAAGGUGGCAACGACAGCGGCGGCAGUGGCUACUGCGGCAACCCCCCGGAGGAGACGAGCCAGCGGUUUCGCGAGGAUGGCGGCUUUUUUGUUGGUAGUCUCCUUCGUUUUGGCCGAUGUGAUCAGAGUCUGUGAAUGUCGUACCUUACGAGAGGACAACUAUCAACUACAGCGUAUUCGCCGAGAUGAUAAAAGCCCAGAUUCUUCCAAAGUUGCCGUUAGUGAUGAGGAUGAGGAUUCGGAAGGCCAAGAAGCCGACGGCGGCGGUGCUAAUACAAUGCCCAGCUUACUGACAUCGGGACUUGUUGUAGAAACUAUCGAGGGCACAACGGUGAAUCUCCCUUGCAGGGUUGCCAAUGGUUCUGAUGACUAUGCGGUAAUUUGGAUCAACGGCACCAAGAGUAUAAUGACCGACUAUUAUCCGAUGACUACAGACCCGAGGGUCAAACCUGGAACGCAAUUGGAGACAGCUGUAGGAAUUCAGGAAUACACACUCAUCAUUGAGCAAGUAACUCGGCAGGAUUCUGGAUCCUACACGUGCAGGAUAACAACAACACCCCCCAUUGAGAUUACCCAUACCCUUCGUGUCACACACCCUGCGAAAGUAUUGACAGUGCAAGCAAUGGGACCCUCGGGGUUGAUGCCUAACGUAGGCUCGAAAAAAAUGACAGUAAAACAAGGUGAACUAGUGCAACUGGUAUGCAGCGUGGCAGGGUACCCGGAACCUACAGUUCAAUGGACCAGAAGGACUAAAUACCACCAGCAACCGCUUCAAUCGACCACGUCGUCUCCAGACCAUGAUCAAAAGGUCCCGGAUUCUGCAUCACCAACUCCCUCGACGGUGGUUGUAUCUAACACGAAUGAGGUCCGUAUCGAAUCCGUUGUCGCGUAUCGCGAUGCCGGUUACUAUGAGUGCUCAGCGCACAACAGCAUCACCACGGGAUCCUCGGGAGGGCCCAACGCGGCAAACGCACAUUUAGGAAUAGAUCUGGAAGUUGAGUUCUUACCAGAAAUUGUUGUGCCGCGACUCGUCGUUAACACCGGAGAAACGUACGAUGCUCAGAUGACAUGUAUCGUGCAAGCAUUUCCCAAGGUGAAAGUCACCUGGGAAAAGGAAAUUCUGACCCCGAACGGGCCGCCAUCGUCGACACCUGUGGCCGCAGAUAGCCCCCACAGCCGGUACGAAACGACCAGGCUACCAGCCUCCCACAACACGAUCUCAGGGAACGCAACCACGAUACCGGCAGGACCCACUUUCUUGCUCAAAGUGAAAAAGGUGGAUGGGCCACAGGAUUUUGGUCGAUACAGGUGUCGGGCGGAGAACCGUGUGGGCAUCUCUUAUUCGGAUUACAUAACGUUGACCGGUUCGCCUGCCCAGCCACAACCGUCGUACGUGCAUGUCAAUGGCAAGGCACCCGAACUGGCAUGGACUGUGGACAGUUUGUCGCCUCUGAUGGGGUACCAGUUGCAGUACAGGCGGCAACAGGACUCGCCGGCUUCUUGGACUGACGUCAAGCCACAGCCACAGGUGGUCGAGUCGUCUACUGGUGGCAACGCGGGAGACGAGCGCCGGUACUCCGUGUCCUACGUGUUCGGCGACAACGGUCAGGCACAACAGCCGGCCGGAGAGCCCGCGACCGUACCGAUCACCUUACAACACGGCACCACGUACGUGGCCCGCCUCAAGGCUCACAACGUUCACGGCUGGUCAGACUGGUCGACGGAAGUCGUGUUUUCUGAAGCUUCCGUCGGAGACGCUAGCGGUGCAUCAGGCCUACAGCAAUACUACAGCUCCGCCUUGGUCACCUCCAUCGUGUUGGCCGUCACCACACUGGCCGCCACUGCGGCUUCCACCUGUUAGACCGCCGGUCCUGCAGUCCUAGGACGCCGCCGCAACUAAACGUGUACUUCCAUCGCCACAACGUCAAUAACGGCUGCGAAAAUUACUAAGAAAAAAAAUUUAUAUUUAUUAUUAUAUUAAAUGUACUAAACGCAACAACGACACCAUAUUAUACGCGCACCUACCCGCUGCCGACGUGAGCCUAAUUAUCUCUAUCUCUCUCUUUUUCCUUCUCUUCAAAAAUAUAGGCUGCCACCGGAUAACGGGAGGGGGCGCAAGCAAAUUCAAAACGAUUACUUACAUAAAACCAAAGACAGACACGAUGCGACUAUAAUACUACUACUGCAGUGAUUCAAAUCAUCAUUAUAUUAUUAUUAUAUAUUGUUGUCGUUAUAAUUAUUAUUAUCGCCGCUUAUUAUUAUUUUAAAUAUUAUUAUUAUUAUUAUUAUAAUGCGAUGGAUGUUCGACGGUUUUACGCCUCCUCGAUUUAUACAAUUUAAUAUUUAUAUAAUUAAUUUACCAAUAUAAUAUGACCGCUAUACAAUCAUAAACAUUCGUAGAUUUAUUAUUUGUUAGGUUAAACAUAAUAUUUGACGCGUUAUUAUUACGACGUCGUGCGCUUAAAUCACCGCCGCUGCCGCCGUCCCGUGUACUCGUCGUACCGCCGUGGUGACCGAUGCCGCCGCCGGAGCUUUUUUUUUUUAUUUGAUCGCCCGUUUCUAAAUUAUUACUUUCCUACGAGCUCGCGUUGCCCGCUCGCACUUUCAAUAUUAUUAUCAUCAUUAUUUUUAUUAUUAUUAUUUUUUUUUUCUGUUCACACCACACAUGUACAACGAUAUUACACUGUCGUCACACGGACGCGAUAAUAGGUAUCGCGCACGCUUGAUGCGAACGUGUCAAGACCGACCAACAGCAGGACAUUUUAGAAACGUCAUCAUUAUGCACUCGCACGACAAUAAUGUUAAUAAUAAUAAUAAUAAUACUACUAAUACACCCGAUAUGUACCUACGUACUUUGGCUCGUAUUAUAUUAUAUGGGUACGCGUGCAUGUCGUUCGUAGAUUUUUAACGAGCGUUUGUUUUCUCAUAUAAUAUACGUAGGUAUACGAUGACACGCGCGACCUGUGCACACACGCGACCCGUCGUCGGAAGAACAGUUAUACCUAUUUAUUUAUUUUUUGUUUGUAUGUUUUUUACCCCUAAACAAAUUGUAAACCAUCGCGGGAGCUCACGAGCAGCACUACAUCGUAAUCGCGGCGGCAACGCGUUUUUUCAUUUUUAUUUUUUUAUAAUUAUUAUCUUUUUUUUUUACAACAAUUGAUUAGAUAUAGAAUUAUAGACUAUAUAUAUUAUAUUAUAUUAUAUUAUCUUCCACCCUUGUGUCUGUAAUGAUAUAUUAUUAUACGUGUUGUACAUAAAACAUAAGAAGGGGACAACGCUUUUGUUAUUAUUAUUUUUUUUUUCGUACAUUAUUAUUAUUAUUAAUUAUUAAUUAUUAAUUAUUAAUAUUAUUAGAAUACGAUUUGUAGCGCCGCCAUGCGCGUCUAUGAUGCACCUACUUUAUAUAAAUAAAUUAUACAUACUUACUAAUAGUGCCGAAAUCGAAUUUUUUACUACAAUUCUUAGACUGCUACAACAAUUAAAAACACUACUAUUUUAUACACGGACAAAUGUAGAAAUCGAGCUUAUAUAAUACAAUAUACAUUAGUUAUAAUAUUACGAGAUAAUCAAAAUACAAUACAAACAGUUAUUAUUAUAUUUUUAUAACAUAAUAUUUAUAUACGUUUAUGUAUAUUGUGUAUACACUUGUGUGUAUUACAUUUAUACAUAAUAUAUAUAUGUAUAGGUUACAUAAUAACGCUAGUUUUUUUUUCGCUUUUGUGUGUAUUUAUUAUUAUUAUUUUAUUUUUAUUUGUAUAAGAUUACGAUGGCAACUAUUCUCUUAAUUAAUUAUAUAUUUUUACUAUUUGACUAUAAAUACACAUAUGCAUAGAAUGCGUGCUUGUUAUACGUGUGUACUUAAAUAAUUCAUAUGCCAGUUUCUGUGCGACCGCUCGAUUUUAUUAUUAUUAUUAUUAAUUAUUAUAUUAUAUGCUGCUAUGAAAUUAGUAUAAUUAUUAUUAUAUUACUGUUUGUAGCCCCUCUCCGUGUCUGCAGUCUACUUUUAUUAGACUACACUAUACAUGAAAUAAAAUCAAAUUCAAAUAUAAUA